AUGGCGGAGGAGAAUCCCGAGCUCCAGGCCGCUUUGCGGGAGCUCGAUAGAGAACUCGAGGAGGGGGAUAUCACGGAGAAAGGAAAGUCCGUCGUCGCCAAUAAGCAGCUCAAACAUUGCUCCACCGGCCAUUCUCAGUGUUCGGCCCCUACGGCUGAUUCCGCGAGCCGAAAUGCAUCUUCGCAAUCCUUUGCACAGAGUAACAUACCUGGUAAUGGAAGCUUCGGAUACGACCGGCGAGUGAGCAUGGGCACACAGGGCUCCAUCCAAGAUGAUAGUGCGUUUCAAUACAAUAGAGAUAGUAUGGCACUACAGCCCCCUGAGCGGAUGCCCUCCUCUACUUCAUACGAUUCCCUUUUCCUUCCGAAGCCGCAAGCGCCUCCAAUCGCGCAGGAGGACUCCCGAACUGCAACACUUUUGAGCCAGAACUAUGCCUUUAACCCUGGAGCUUCUGAGCAUGUGGAUGAAUCUGCCGGAGCUUACGACAUGACACCCGGCGCGGUCACGCGCCAAUCUACGAUGCUCGAUUCCCAGCAAGCAUACUUCUCUGACUUUGCGGGCCAGCAGCAGGGUGACUAUAGAGACAGCUAUGGCGGUGGAUUCCAUCGCUACUCUCAAUCGGACACGUUUUCUCCAACGGCAAAUAUGGCACCGCCGUUAAUUCCUGCCUCCGAAUUACCUCACGGGGCGACUAUCAACCACCUACUUCCCCUCGAGCCUCGCGAUAUACCUUUUGCGGUACACGACCCGCACGACAAGAACACUCUCAUGUCCAAUUUCGACAACAUCCCUGCAGUACUUCGGCAUCGCGCUAGAGUGCAUCCCAAGCAGCCCGCAUACUGGGUCCUAGACCAGAAAGGCAAGGAAAUCGCUUCCAUCACCUGGGAGAAACUUGCCAGUCGCGCGGAAAAAGUCGCUCAAGUCGUCCGUGACAAGAGUAAUUUGUACCGUGGUGACCGUGUGGCUCUGAUUUACCGCGAUUCAGAGAUCAUCGAGUUUGCUGUUGCCCUUAUGGGAUGCUUCAUUGCUGGGGUCGUUGCUGUACCCAUCAAUAAUCUCGAAGACUACCAGAGUCUCAACCUGGUUCUCACCUCCACUCAAGCGCAUCUUGCUUUAACAACUGAGAACAAUCUCAAGAGUUUCCAGAGGGAUAUUACGAUGCAGAAGCUGAACUGGCCCAGAGGGGUAGAAUGGUGGAAGACCAAUGAGUUCGGAAGCUACCACCCAAAGAGAAAAGAUGAUAUUCCGGCCCUUGUGGUUCCCGACUUGGCUUACAUUGAGUUCUCACGGGCUCCUACUGGGGACAUGCGCGGUGUAGUCAUGAGCCACCGGACAAUCAUGCAUCAAAUGGCUUGUCUUGGCGCUAUAAUUGCAACUGUUCCUGGCUCAGGUAAAAGCGUCCGUCCGCAUGGAGAGACCUUGAUCAGCUAUCUCGAUCCAAGACAAGGCAUUGGGAUGAUUCUUGGUGUCCUUCUUACUGUGUAUGGUGGCCAUACCACCGUCUGGCUUGAGGAUCGAGCGGUCGAAACUCCAGGCUUGUACGCUCAUUUGGUCACUAAGUAUAGGGCCACACUCAUGGCUGCGGAUUACCCUGGGCUUAAGAUCACGGCGUACAACUACCAGCAAGAUCCAAUGGCCACGCGCCACUUCAAGAAAAACUCUGAGCCUAACUUCGAAAAUGUGAAGCUUUGUCUUAUCGAUACGUUGACUGUCGACGCUGAGUUUCAUGAAAUUCUGGCUGACAGAUGGCUGCGGCCCAUGAGAAACCCCAGAGCUCGGGAAAUUGUUGCCCCAAUGCUAUGUUUGCCCGAACAUGGCGGUAUGGUGAUCAGUGUUCGGGACUGGUUGGGAGGAGAAGAGCGUUUGGGCUGCCCUCUGACUCAUGAGAUGGAUCCGGCCGAGCGUUCAGAAGCCGCAGAAGCCAAAAAAGAGGAAAGAAAGUCCGAAAACAACAGUGGUUUCGGCAGCAGCCUUCUGGGUGGCGGUGCACGUGCUUCUGCUCCUGCUCCAAAAGAGCAGAACAAGAACGAGCUGGGCGAAGUACUUCUCGAUAAAGAGGCCUUGAAGAGCAAUGAGGUUGUGGUUUUGGCCAUGGGCGAGGACGCUCGAAAGUACGCAGCGACCAUGCCAAAUGCUGUGCGAGUUGGCUCUUUCGGCUACCCGAUUCCUGAUGCGACCCUUGCCGUUGUUGACCCGGAGACCAAUUUGUUAUGCACGCCCAAUGUGAUCGGUGAGAUAUGGGUUGACUCACCAUCUCUUUCUGGCGGUUUCUGGGCAUUGCCCAAGCAUACGGAAGCAAUCUUCCACGCACGGCCUUAUAAGUUCGAAGAGGGCAACCCCACCCCUGUGCUGGUGGAGCCAGAGUUUCUACGGACUGGUCUCCUUGGCUGCGUGAUUGAGGGGAAAAUCUUUGUACUAGGUCUCUACGAAGACCGCCUCCGACAGAAGGUGGAAUGGGUCGAGCAUGGGCAGGAGAUUGUUGAACAUCGCUACUUCUUCGUCCAACACAUGAUUGUCAGUAUUCUCAAGAACUUGCCAAAGAUACAUGACUGCACUGCCUUUGAUGUGUUUGUCAAUGAUGAACAUCUUCCGAUUGUUGUUUUGGAGUCAUAUGCGGCGUCGACCGCACCAACGACUUCGGGUGGUCCACCUCGGCAACUAGAUUCUGUGCUCCUGGAGUCUCUGGCGGAAAGAUGUAUGGAAGUCUUAUAUCAAGAGCAUCACUUGCGAGUCUAUUGUGUGCUUCUCACGGCGCCGAACACACUUCCCCGUGUGACUAAGAACGGACGCCGGGAGGUCGGUAAUAUGCUCUGUCGCAGAGAAUUCGAUGCCGGAACUCUGCCCUGCGUGCAUGUGAAGUUCGGUAUUGAACGAUCGGUCAUGAACCUGCCGGUUGGUGUCGACCCUGUUGGGGGAAUAUGGUCUCCCUUGGCUUCGGCGACACGGCAAGAGAUGCUUGCCAUGCAAGAAAAGCAGUACUCGGGUGUCGAUUACCGCGAUGUCGUGAUGGAUGAUCGCACCUCCACGCCUUUGAACAACUUCGCAACGAUUGUGGACCUUCUCCAAUGGCGUGUCUCCCGCCAGGCAGAGGAGCUUGCUUACUGCUCAAUCGACGGCCGUGGAAAAGAAGGCAAAGGCAUCACCUGGAAGAAAUUUGACUUGAAAGUCGCCGCUGUAGCGAUGUACUUGAAAAACAAGGUCAAAGUUCGACCUGGAAAUCAUCUUAUCCUCAUGUACACGCACUCGGAGGACUAUGUCUACGCCGUGCAUGCCUGCUUCUGUCUGGGUGUCGUUGUCAUUCCCAUUGCUCCACUCGACCAGAACCGGCUAGCAGAAGACGCCCCUGCAUUUCUCCAUGUGAUUAAUGAUUUCAAAGUUAAAGCAAUCAUCGUCAAUAGCGACGUUGACCACGUCAUGAGGCAAAAAAUCGUUUCCCAGCAUAUCAAACAGUCUGCGCAGGUCCUCAGGAUUGGUGUGCCUGCUAUCUACAAUACCAGCAAACCAUCGAAGCAGUCUCAUGGCUGCCGAGAUCUUGGCUUUACUGUCAAAGAAACUUGGUUACGAUCAGACCAGCCAGCUCUAGUUUGGACUUAUUGGACACCGGACCAGAGGAGAAUCUCUGUACAAAUUGGCCACGACACCAUCUUGGGAAUGUGUAAAGUUCAGAAAGAGACCUGCCAGAUGACUAGCUCGAGACCAGUCUUAGGCAGCGUUCGCAGCACAUUAGGUCUUGGAUUUCUUCAUACGGUCUUAAUGGGCAUCUACGUUGGUAAGAGAACGCGCGCUGGUUUGGCUGCAAAGUCCUUCCAUGUUAACCGGUCAUUAGGUGCUCCUACCUAUCUUGUAUCGCCUGUUGAUUUUGCGCAAAACCCCAUGACAUUGUUCGUCGCCUUGUCUCGUUAUAAGAUUAAGGAUACAUAUGCCACUAGCCAGAUGCUGGACUACGCUAUGAGCGUCAUGCCUGCGAAGGGUUUCCAGCUUCAAGAAAUGAAGAACUUGAUGAUUUCCGCAGAGGGUCGGCCACGAACUGAUAUCUACCAAAAGGUGCGCCUUCAUUUCGCAUCCGCGAGUUUGGACCGCACCGCAAUCAACAUAGUAUACUCGCACGUGCUCAACCCUAUGGUCGUCACUCGAUCAUAUAUGUGCAUCGAACCGAUUGAACUGUGGCUUGACCUUCGUUCUCUCCGCCAAGGGCUUGUUUGUCCCGUCGAUGCAGACACAGAUCCGACGGCGCUGCUUGUCCAGGAUUCAGGGAUGGUUCCGGUAAACACACAAGUAGCUAUUGUGAAUCCGGAAACCUGUACCUUGUCACAUGUUGGCGAAUAUGGCGAGAUAUGGAUUCAAUCAGACGCCUGCGCCAAGGCGUUUUAUGGAUCCAGGAAUGAAUUUGAUGCUGAGCGAUUCAACGGCCGGAUCGUGGAUGGAGACCCUAACGUUGCCUAUGUGCGCACCGGUGACCUGGGUUUCCUUCACACCGUCACUCGGCCCAUCGGUCCAUCCGGCCAAUCUGUCGAGAUGCAGGUGCUCUUUGUCCUGGGCGGAAUUGGCGAAACGUUCGAGGUCAAUGGAUUAAAUCAUUUCCCCAUGGACAUCGAGAACUCUGUGGAGAAGUGUCAUCGCAACAUUGUGCCUGGAGGAUGUUGUGUCUUCCAGGCCGGUGGUUUGAUAGUGGUUGUCGUCGAGGUGACAAGAAAAGCAUACUUGGCAUCCCUUGUCCCCGUGAUCGUGGACGCCAUCCUCGGUGAGCAUCAAGUCAUAGCUGACAUAGUGGCGUUCGUGUCUCACGGAGACUUCCCUCGGUCUCGUUUGGGCGAGAAGCAGAGAGGAAAGGUGCUGGCAUCAUGGGUAACCCGCAAAUUGCGCACGAUCGCACAAUUCAGUAUUCGUGAUACGGAGGGAUCAAUGAGCCUCUUCGCAGAAGCUCCUCAACAUCGUUCUAGUAAAGGCUCGAAACCCGGUAGCAUCAUGGGCAACAGCCUGCGUCGGUCCACUCUCGUACCGGACGCUGAUUCAGCUACUGUUCCUCGUUCUCCAGCUCCGAUGCUUGUGGAGCAACCGGAAGCAUCAAUGGUGCCCCCUUACCAUGACGUACAUGAAGGAGAGGGAGGUGAAAUGCCUGCGCCACCUCUUCCAGACGUGCAGCUGUCUCUUCCUCAGAUAGGGGAACCUGUCCCACCAAUGCGGUCUUCGAACAAUGAAAGUCACUCGGCAGGCAUUGCUCACCCUGACCUUGGUUUCAAUUUUGGCGAUUUCGCCAAUGCGACGAGCUCUGCUCCCGUGGAUGAACACACCGGUGCAGGCGCUGUCGGUGAAACUCUUCCAUACCGCGAUGUCCGUGCACAAGGCUCCAUUCCCACCCAACAGCCGCCGAGAACCAGCAGCCUCCCAAUUGGCACCGCCCCAUUAUCCGCUCGACCCAACUCGUCGGACCGGAUCUCAGAAGACAAAAUGGGAGACUGGCCGCAGGAAGCUCUGAUGUAUCAAUCGGCACUUGGGGGCGAUGACGCAUACGGUCAUAGUGCCGGCAAUCGGACUCUGAGCAGUGCUACGAGAAACCACCUUGACUGA